AUGUCCCACACCCCGACCUCAAUGAGCCACCCGCCCACCCAGGUCCUCUUCCCUGCCCCGUCCGACAUGUCCGCCACCGUUUUCCCCUCGCACGUCCGCGCCUCCUUCCGUCGCGACCCGACUGACCGCACAGGUGAGCUCGUCCGUCUGCUAGACGACAUUGCCACCGUCACUCACUCUGUCUCCAAAUACGUCGCCGCGAGACAUCACAGCGCCCGCCCUACCCCCGACGCCGACUAUUCGCCUCACCCAUCUGGACCGCGCCCGCAUGUCGCUACGCAGAAGUUGUAUAACAGCUUGUGUCAUGACGGAUAUGCGUGCAUCAUCUUAGAAAAGGACCGCGAGGCCCCGCUCACAUUUCCCGAAUCCGCCGUGCAAGGCGGGUACGUUCUCAUGCUCUCCUCGCUUGACAUCGACCAAACCGCCACAGAUAAUGUCACCUGCGGCACCAUAUUCAGCGUGUACAAGCGAAAGUCCUCCACCAGUCUUCCAGGAAGGCUCAAGGAUCUGCAGCAGCAAGUCGACCAUCAGGUUGCCGCGGGUUUUGUCUUGUACUCAUCAGCUACCACCCUGUAUUACACCAUGCAUGCCGGUGUAUACAAGUUUUAUCUUCAGCCGGUCGCCACCCAAUACUUUCUCCAGCCGAAUCAUCCUAUCGCUUUUGACAAGCCCUCCUUUGACCUCUACACGGAUUACCACCAGUCUCGAACGGACCCGGCAUUGGGAAAACACGCCCUCGCGUUUUGUUCCGCCCGCUCGGGAAAGGUAUAUGAUAAUGGCUGCAUGAUUGCCAACUUCCAGGGCGCCAUGGCUGCUGCUUGUCUCUUCAUCGGUCAUAAUAUGCACCUCUUGUGCGAAGCUGCACCGCUCGCACUUAUCGUGGAGCAGAUGGGUGGGAAGGCAACUGACGGUGCCGGCAACCGCAUUUUGGAUAUGGGCGUGGACGAUGAGGAUGUCCACAAACGGGUCUCGUUUUGCGCGGGGCCAACAGAACUAGUGGAUUCCGUGGAGACCACGGCAAGGAAAGCUUAACCUGCACAAUGGUAAGUGUACAUAGUGAAAGUAUCACAGAGUCAUGUCCAUCAGAUGCUCUCCUUUCAUCUCUUCUCGAUCUGCAAAGUCCGCCGUUUCCUCGAUCGCUUGGCAGACGAGAGAUAUCUUUUCGUCCACGACGGCCUUGUCAUCUCCCUCUAAUUCGUCAUUUGCGCCGGCAGCCCUCUCUAAAGCAAUCAGCAAGGCCGGUAAAUGCGGAAGAAACUGCAGCUGGAAAACAUCUCGUCCCAAUGAAGCCAAGCCCCGAAUGCUUCCGUAAAUACUUUCCAACGGAGAAUGCUUCUCAGUUAAAACAGCGACGAGCGUCUUUGCCGUCCGCCCGCUACAGACUGGAUCAGGAUGCAAUCUAAAGGCCUCUUCCAGCACGAACGCGGCGUUAUCGCGAAGA